AUGAAAAACCACAGUUGGAUUAGAAAGAACUGGCUUCUUGUGGCUGGGGUGACUUUCGUAGGCGUCCAUCUUGGAACUUACUUUAUACAGAAAGCUGCGAAAGAGUCUGUGAGGUCUCAGUCCAGAGACAAAAGAAUGUUGAAGAAUGAAGCAAAAUAAAUACUUGGAAUCGUUAAUGUCA